AUGUCCGAGUCAUCAAAUCAAUUACCAUGGCAUUCCAUACCGUCAUCCACCGCAACAUGCAAAGUUCACCUCAUUCAGGCCGGCGGCAUCCACAUCCCUACAGACAUGGUCUUGCUUCCCGGUCCGGACAAGCCGCAAGACCCGAACGACUCUAAAGACGAGAACGGAAAACGCAAGUCGUUCUAUGCUCCAGACUACGUGUUCCUCAUCGAGCACACAGCCACCGGGAAUAAGUACAUUUUCGACCUAGGCAUGCGAAAAGAUCUGGAGAACCUUCCGCCACUUCUCGUCGAAGGCGCUCUACCAAACUUCAAGUGCGAACCGAAGUCUCCCGCAGAGAUACUGCAAGAGCACGGAUCACCUGAUCAACAGCCCGAGAAAGUCAAGGCCGUUAUCUUCUCGCACAUGCACUUUGAUCAUGUUGGCGAUGGAGCCAAAGCUGGAUUUGAAGAGGCGGAGUUGUGGGUUGGGCCGACCUGCUGUACCUACGCGAGACCGGGUUAUCCGGUUGAUGAGAAGGCUCCUACGCUUAGCGAGACUUUGCCGGUUGAUGGUAGCAGAAAGAUUGUAGAGAGCUAUGUGCCAGAUGAUAUCUUGAGAGAAGCAGGAGAUAAGAGGGCAGGUCAGGUCAUGGAAGGCAUGGUCAAGGGAAAGUAUGCCGCUGUUGAUCUAAAGAAGCCCGAAUGGAUGGGUCUCGGUGCAUUUGAUCGCGCCUACGACGUCUUCGGUGACGGCUCAGCAUACAUCGUGGAUGCGCCAGGACACUCUCCGGGCCAUCAAAUGAUGCUAGUGCGAACGACAUCGGGCUCGACCGAGAACGAGAACACGUUUGUACUGCUGGCUGGUGACUGCUACCACCAUCUCGACGUUCUCAAAGAGCCCAAACGCACUGCGAGACCACCAUAUGCGAAGUCAGGCAUGCACGCCGACCCAGAACAGGCAGUGAAUACAAUGCUGCGCACAAGAAGUUUCGCGCGAAAAGACAACGUGUGGGUCAUUGGAGCCCAUGACACCAGUGUUGGCGAGGGUAUCAAGCCCGGAGUGAGGGAGAUAGAAGGGUUGGUAGAGAUCAACGAUUGGUCAGCGAAGGGAUGGAAAAAAGGAAUGUAG